AGUGGCCGCGCGCUUCCUCGGAGGGGGCGGGGCGGAGCCCGUGAGAUGAGGCUGCGGGCCGGGUGGGAGCGUGGGCGCCAUGGCAUCGCUCUUCCCGGUGAAAGGCGUAAGGAGAGCGGGCAGAGGAGACGACUGCAGCUCGGGAGAAGAGGAGAGGGCGGCCGGGGCCGUGAUGGUGGUGGGAGGGCUGGGGGAGUCUCCAGGCCCCGGUUCCGAUUCGGACAGCCGCUCGUCCUCCCCGCUGAACUGCCUGAGCGAGCAGUUCGAGAGGGCGGUGCAGCGCGUCCCGACCCUGGUGGCCGCCGCCGGCAAGGAUCAGCUCCUCUACUUGUACGCGCGCUAUAAGCAGGUCAAAUGUGGUCACUGCAACAUUCCCAAACCUGGAUUUUUUGAUUUUGAAGGCAAGCAGAAAUGGGAAGCUUGGAAAGCAUUGGGUGACACAAGUCUUGAGCAGGCAAUGGGAGAGUACAUUGAUGCUGUGAAAAAAUUGGACCCUACAUGGAAUCCACAGAUAUCAGAAAAGAAAGGAAAAGAAGGAAAAGCUGUAUUUGGAGGUCCAGUUGUCAGCUCACUGUAUCAAGAAGAAACCAUCAGGGAGGAAGAUAAGAACAUAUUUGACUAUUGCAGAGAAAACAACAUUGACCAUGUAACCAAAGCCAUCCGAUCAAAAAAAGUCGACGUGAACGCAAAAGAUGACAAGGGUAGAGCUUUGCUGCAUUGGGCAUGUGAUAGAGGACAUAAAGAACUUGCUACAGUACUUCUCCAACACACUGCUGAUAUCAAUAGCCAGGAUGAUGAAGGUCAAACAGCAUUGCAUUAUGCUUCUACCUGUGAAUUUUCUGAUAUUGUGGAACUGUUACUUCAAUCUGGAGCCGACCCUACUCUUCGGGACAUGGAAGGAUACUUGCCCGAGGAGGUGACAGACUGUAGAGUAAUCACCUCUAUGCUCCAGGAACACACAGCUGGCAAAGCUUAACUGAAAGGCCAAGGAAGUGAAGCCCAAGGCUUUCAGAAUGGAACAAAAACUGUAAUAAAUCCAUCCUUCUCCUACUGCGUAGUCUGCACAAUGCAUAAGGAUUGGAAUUUGUUGAAUGAAGUGCUUGGUAUUGAUACAUAUUUGGAAAGCCAAAAAGAAAGUAGUGGACUGUGAAUCACACAGCAUAACCUACUAUCUACCAUGUGAAAAAUAACCUCAGCCAUAGUUUGUGACUUAUUUGCUUAAUAGUUCCCCCCCCCUUUAUUUUUUUUUUAUUUUUUUUUUUGCAGUCUUAAAACCAAUUAAAAGGAUAUAUUGGAUUUCUACUAUCGUGUCAGAUGUAGCUGUAAGAGAUGUUCAGUUGGGUAGGAUUGUGCGCUACAAGCCUGAUACAGCACGAGUCUUACUUCACCAGCACAGGAGUUUCAUCAUGUAUGGAGGCUACGCAGAAAAAAAAGGAACCGUACUGAAGCUGAAGUCCUGUGUGUUCCUUCUUGAGAAUAAGCCCUAAUUAGACACACGAAUAGUGUUGAACUUGCUUUCCCAAGUGGAUUUAAGGACUAGCUUUUUAUUUGUUCCAUGCAACUUCUAGGAAAGGAAGAUCCAACUGCUGGAUAGGGGAAAGGAAGAUAUGAGCCAGUUUAUCAAACUUCUUUUCCCCCAAACUCCCACAUUAGUGACAUGUUAUUAUUUAUAUUUUUUUUAACUCAGAAUUAGAAGUACUGUGUUUCUCUAAGAUCUAAAAAUAAGCGCGGUUGGUUUUUUUUUCCUUGAUCCUAAACUGAUUCCUAAACUGGUUAGCUAAGUAGUUGCUGUGUUGUUAAACUAUGAGAACUGAUGGGCAUGUUAAUUGUGUAUAUCUCUCUGUUUCUGGUAUAAAACUACUUUCCUGCAUGAUAUGAGAUAUAUAAAAAUGUUCCUGGAAUGUUUCUCUUUUUUCACCUGCCAUUAAACCAAACUAGUUAUAUAAAAAG